AUGGCAAAGACGCACUAUGGCAUGUAUAUGUACCGCUCCUUCACGUCGGGGGAAUCAUGUCCCGUUGUAAUAAGCUCCCAAUCUGACAGUGUUGGAGCACCCGUUAUUCUUAUCCUAGAAUGGAUUAUGGGUGCUAUAGGCAGUGGAAUUGGGGUGCGGUGCCGGGAGGUUCGUGUUUCUGGGAUUCUAGGGCCGUUGUGGGAGAUAGAUAGUAUUGGGGGCUGCCCGGCUGUGGGGGGCCCGACCGGCAGUACCGAGAGCCCGCUGGAAGAGUAUACCACUACUCCGCGCGACUUUUCUCCUUAUAUUGGCAGCAUUGGAGUUCUGGGUGUUCCGAAAGAAUACCGAGAGAUGCGCGGCGCAUGGUUAUCGAAGCCAUCGUCGGGACUACCCUUUCCUCGCCUUACAGGAUGUUAG